AGCCUCUGCUCACGGUGGGGAUCCCUGUCGUCGCCAAGCCCGCUCGCUCCACCGUCCGCCCUUCCUCCUCCCCGUGCUUCUUCUGCAAGAUCAAGCUCAAGAGCUUCCCCCUCCAGACAGCCCUCGUCCCCUACCUCCCGUCGACGCUGCUUACCCCCUCGACGGCGGCGGCGCCACCUUCCACCUCAGCAAGUCCGACCUCGACGGGCUUGCUGGGAAGUCCAUCUUCUCCGGCAAGGUCUGCCUGAAGGUCUCCGUCUACACGGGCCAGUGUGGGGCGACCUGCAGGGUGAGUUCUGGGAGGCUUCUCGGGAAGGUCUCGCUGCCCUUGGACCUCGCCGGGCCUGCGUGCUACGCAACAGAUUGAAAGGGAAGGCUAGAGGGAAGAUGAAGAAGAAAAAAUAGAAGAAAAAAGAAGAGAGGUAAGAGAGAGAGGCGACAGAGGUGAGAGGAGCGUGGGUCAGAGGUUCUGACGCGGUGCGGUGGGGCUCGAGCGACACGUGUCGCAUUAUAAAUGGACACGUAAGUUGACACGUUGAAAUCCCAGCUUCAACCAAUAUUUUCUCGUAUUAGGGUGUCUUAUCGCUCUUCUCAAAGCUUUCUCCCCCUCUUUGAUCGCGCGAUGGCGGAGGGAAGCUCCGAGUGGAUGUCCGCCACGACCUCCCGCACCUGCCCCCCUUCGAAUGAAUUGCAUUGGUCGGAUGGAGAUGAUUCGGACUGUUCUUUAUCAACUGCUGUCGAAGACGAGGAGUCAGUUGAGGAUGAGAAGCCUAAGGAUGAAGAUGGUGCGGGGAACAUCCCUUCUGCCGGCGAUUUAGAACCAUGGCGCCCUGUUUCUGUCGCGGGGAGGUUCAAACGAAGAAUCAACUCAUGGAGGAAGUGCCGGAUGUUGGGAAAGGGUUCGUACGGAGACGUCUUCGAAGUCAUCACUGAUGAUGGAUCCUAUUUCGCUGUAAAGGAGAUUUCUUUGUCUGAUCAUACCGAUCGGAGCUUAGGGCAGCUUGAGCAGGAAAUUUCUCUUUUAGGUCAGUUUGAACAUGAGAACAUUGUUCAAUAUAUUGGCACAGACAAGGAUAAUGAGAAGCUUUACAUAUUCCUUGAGAUCAUGACCAAAGGCUCACUUGCAACUCUUUAUCGCAACCACAGCUUGAUAGAAUCCCAAGUCUCUGCUUACACUAGGCAAAUUUUAAAUGGUUUAAAGUAUCUUCAUGACAAGAAGGUGAUACACAGGGAUAUUAAAUGUGCUAACAUACUGGUUGAUGCAAGUGGAUCUGUGAAACUUGCAGACUUUGGAUGGGCAAAGGCCACCGAUAUGAAUGCUGCUAAAUCCUUAAAAGGAACACUUUUGUGGACGGCGCCUGAGGUCUUCAAAAAUGUAAACGAUGGAAGCUAUGGGUUGGCAGCUGAUAUUUGGAGCCUUGGCUGCACUGUUUUAGAGAUGUUAACACGCAGGGGUCAAUAUUCUGACUUUGAACCGCAGGAGCAAGCAUUGGAGAAAAUUCGCAAGGGUGAACCUCCUUCACUUCCGAAAUAUUUAUCAAAAGACGCCCGAGACUUCAUCCGCCGAUGCUUGCGACGAAAUCCGAAGAAUCGGCCUUCUGCGGCGCUGUUGCUAGACCAUCCCUUUGUGAUGAAGCCACCGGCUUUUGGUUUUGCUUGACCUCGUUACAAAAACAAAUUGUCGUGAGGUUUUGCCAUGCCAUCCCUUUCGGGUUCAUUGCUCAGAAUGUCUUAUACGGGGCUAAUGGGAUGUCAACUUAUGGCAUUUCUACUCUAAACUUCUAAGUAUUGACAUUUCUAGACUAAACUUUUAAGUUAGAGCAAACAGUCCAUGUAUAUAUAUAAUGGCCCGUUUGGUUCUACUUUGGGCAAAGACCUUUGUUUUUCCCCAAAUCUCCCUAAGUAUCUUUGAAUGAAUGAUAUUUGGUGGAA